AUGCUACACCCUGUAGCGGUUUAUGAAGAAAUGGCAUGCAUGAGGAAACAGCAGGACCCUGUAGCGGUUUCUUCAGAAUGCGACAAUCUAAAAAUAAAUAUAUUGCAAAAAUUGAGCGUGUGCGGGACAAAGUGGGUGAAGAAGCUGUUCUACAAGAUUCCUAUUGUGGUUGUGUCAACUGGCGUGAAAUAUGAAACAUUCGUGAUAGGGUCCGAUGAAGAUAUGCAGGUAUUAUUUCAUUGUCAGGAGAGUUUUCCGGAAGUGAGGAUACAUGAGUUGUUUGCGAAGUUGGAACACGGCACCGAUAGUUCUGAGGCAUCGGUGCCAAAUCCUCAAUUGACUACGAUGGGGGGUGCUUCUACAUCAAUGCCUGUCGUUGCACCUGAUUGUUUGUUGGCUAAUCGUCCAUGUGGUGCAGUUGGGGUAGUUAUAUCAGCCUAUCCGAUUGCAGACGUUGGAUGUGAGGGUGAACCGGAUCGGGUUGAAAAUGCGAUGCGAGAGGAUGAUUCGGAUGAAGAGCCUGCUGACAUUGGUGGGGACAGUGAUGAUGAUAUUCCUACAAACCCAACAACACGUCAGGUACCGUCAAGUUUCGGCACAUAUCAACAUGCUCCACACUUCUCUACCCUGAACUUAGAAGCCAUCAGCCAACCGCCGGACAUAGGUCCUACCUUUGGGGGUCAAGGAUUGCACGAGGGAAAUGCUGCAGGUGAUAAAAUCGGAUCAUCUAAGUAUCAUGGGAGGUGCAAGGAGUUUGAUAAAGGUUGCACGUGGAUGAUUCGCAUCACACUUUGGCAGCAAAAGAGUACCUGGAAGGUUCGACGGUACAACGGACCACACAAUUGCUUGGCUACAUCGAUAUCAAGUGACUACCGACAACUUGAUUAUCAUGUCAUUUAUGCGAAGAUCUUUCCUCUAGUUCGAGCCGAUGCGGAGGUUUCGAUAAAUGUGUUGCAAGAAGCUACUGAAGCAACGUAUCGGUUCAGGCUUAGUUACAGGAAGGCCUGGAUGGUUAAACAGAAGGUAGUAGCACAGAUCUACGGAGAUUGGGAAGAGUACUAUGCCGAGCUGCCCCGUUCGAUCCUUGGUGUGCAGUCUACCAUGGAGGGAACAGUUGCGUUAUUGAAGACUUCUCCGGUUCGAGUCGGUGAUCAAGUUGACGAUUCUACCGUGUACUUUCAUCGUCUUUUUUGGACAUUUCCUCCUUGUGUUGAAACUUUCCGACAUUGCAAGACUCUGAUAAGUAUAGACGACACUCAUCUUUAUGGCAAGUAUGGCGGCACUUUGCUUCUGGCUAUCGUGCAAGAUGGAAACUCCAACAUCUUGCCAAUUGCUUUUGCCCUCGUGGAAGGGAAAAUGCGGAGUCAUGGUUUUUCUUCCUGA